UUGUGGCUUCUUUGAGGCUAGUUACGGAAAACUGUAACCGAAGUGUUUAAUGAAAGUGUGUGGUGAUAUACUUAAGGAAUUCCCAUUGAUAUAAUUGGAUUUUAAACUCCUGAAAGUCUUGAAGAUCUUGGCCCCCAACCAUGGAGCGAGCGUCGACCAGCAGCGAGCGCUCGCCGCUGGUGCCGCCCACCUACGUGUUCGAGAGCAGCGUCACCCGCCGCUACCAGAAGAGGCUAAGGGCCUUCCAAUGCGCCAUCUGUGUGUCUCUUGUAGCAUUCCUCGGCGUGGCGCUCCUCAUCACCGCCUCCUACAGUCUCAGCGACGAGUUCGACGCCGACGCCGAGAACGCCACGGAGGCCCCCGCCCCCGCCCCCGCGCCCCCCGCGCCCCCGCAGCCCCUCAACCUGAGCGCCGUGCCGCCCGACAUGGCUCCGCUGCUGCAGCUGUCGUGGCCGCUGAAGGGCAAAGACCCGUCCCCCUGGGUAGGCGACCCGCCUUCACCAGCCGCGAUCACGUCAGCCGUGUCCCACGGCAAGGCAGCCCUACACAACCGCACGGUCCUCGAGAGUCUCCGCACGCCGCUGCAGGUGGACUCGCCAGCGGGGAGGGCCCAGCGCGCCGCCGCCACCGCGCGGGAGGUCAAGCCGAUGGCUGAUGCUGCUUAUGCGGUGGAACAGGCCACUAGGGCGCUGGCUAAUGGGACAGACCCAUCUAACCGCGAGGGCGGAGUGGGCGUGGGUCCCGCCGUCAACGGUUCCUUCCCCUUCCCCGAGCCUCCCUACUGCGGCCAGGCCAGCCCCCCCUGCCCCCCCUCAAAGUACCGGACACUGAACGGGACCUGCAACAACCCGAAUUACCCCCUAAGGUGGGGCGUCAGUAAUACGCCGUUCAGAAGAGUGCUGCCGGCGGUGUAUGCUGAUGGCAUCAGCGCCCCGCGUACAGGCGCGGACGGAUCGCCGCUGCCCAGCGCGCGCGACGUGAGCGUCACAGUACACCGGCCGAGCUACGCGCACGAUGUGUCCUUCACUGUCAUGCUGGCCGUGUGGGGACAGUUCAUCGACCACGAUAUUACUGCUACAGCUUUGAAUAAGGGCACCAACAGCACCCCGCUUUCCUGCUGCGGCUCCAACCUGCCGCCGCACCCGGAGUGCUUCCCCGUGCCGCUGGACGUGGAGGACCCCUUCUACCAGCAGUACAACCUCACCUGCAUGGAGUUCGUGCGGUCCGCGCCGGCUUACACGUGCCAUUAUGGCCCACGCAACCAGAUGAACCAGGCCACCGCGUUCCUGGACGGGUCCACGGUGUACGGCUACACGGCGUCCCGCGCCAACAGACUGCGCACGUUCGUGGGAGGACGCUUGAAGAUGCUGGCCGUGGGGAGCCGCGAGCUGCUGCCCCCAUCUACUGAUCCCAAUGACGGGUGUAACACGGUCGAGAUGAACGCUAAGGGACGGUACUGCUUUGAGUCGGGAGACGACAGAGCCAACGAGAACCUCCACCUAACAACCAUGCACCUGAUCUGGGCGCGCCAACACAACCGCCUGGCGGGCGCCCUGCAGCGGCUGAACCCGGCGUGGGACGACGCCACGCUGUUCCAGGAGGCCCGGAAGAUUGUGGGCGCGCAGAUGCAGCAUAUCACGUACUCGGAGUUCCUGCCUAUUAUUCUUGGUAACGACGUGAUGUGGUCCCUGAACCUGACCCUGCAGGACUCUAACCACAGUGACCUCUAUGACCCCGCCGUGGACCCCUCCAUCGCCAACCACUUCUCCGCCGCCGCCUUCCGCUUCGCACACACGCUGCUGCCGGGCCUCAUCCACCACGUGGACCUGUCCACCGGGUCCGUCAGCUACACGCAACUUCACCAGCUUCUCUUCAACCCGUACAUGCUGUACACGACGCGCGGCGGGCAGGAGUCCAUGCAGUCCGCCAUGAGCACGCGGGUGCACGCCGGCGGCGGCCAUGUCACUACUGAGCUCAGCAACCACCUAUUCGAGCGUCCAAUCCCCGCCAACGCGUCAAUCGACGCGGCCACCAACACCACGGCCACCAAGCCGGGACCCUGUGGCCUGGACCUCGUGUCUCUGAACAUCCAGCGAGGCAGAGACCACGGCCUGCCGUCCUACCCCGCCUGGCGCGAGCACUGCGGGUUCGAGAGGCCGAAGACCAUGGAUGAUCUGAGUGGGGUGAUGGAUGAUGAGUCCUUGAGCCGGAUUACUACUAUUUAUAAGUCAGUAGAUGACAUAGACCUGUACACAGGAGCCCUGGGCGAAGACCCGCGCGGGCGGCUGCUCGGGCCCACCUUCACCUGCCUCGUGGCCGACCAGUUCCUGAGGCUGAAGAGAGGAGACCGGUACUGGUACGAGACGGCUGAUGAGGAGGCUGGGUUUACGAUAGAACAACUAACCGAGCUGCGCAAGACAACCCUAGCCGGGGUGAUCUGCGCCAACGAAGACCUCCUCGACCAGGCCCAACCCCGGGUCAUGGAGGUGCUGUCACCCACCAACCCACUGGUAGAUUGCAUGGAGCUACUGCAGCCCGACCUGGCGCCCUGGAGGGACCCCGCCGCCGCCGGGACCGGGACCAAGGCCAAGAAGGAGAAAAACCCUGCUGCGGCAGGGAGUAAGGGGAAGAAGGGGAAGAACUGAUGGUAGUGAUGGAAGCUGCUGCCGUUGCGCAGGUUCGUUAUCGACGUGGAUAAAUGUCACGGUAUCGCGGUUCGCCAUGUAU